AUCUGUACUGUCAUGUCAUUCUCGUUCUGGAGUAAUGAGAAAUAAUUUUUUGGUCAUUGGGUAUUUUACAGUUGGUUAUCCGUUUAAUCUUUCAGAUGGUUAUUCUUAAAAUAUUUUUCUUAAAAAUUGUUUAGUAUUAAAUCUAUUAUUUGGUUUCUUUUAUUUUGAGAAUAUCACAGGCUGAAAGUAUUACAAAAUGGCUAGUGUAUCGUACCAAAUUGCGAAUCUUUUGGAGAAGAUGACAUCUAAUGAUAAAGACUUCAGAUUCAUGGCUACAAAUGAUUUGAUGACAGAGUUGCAAAAGGACAGUAUAAAGCUUGAUGAUGAUUCUGAAAGGAAAGUGGUUAAGAUGCUCCUUCGUUUACUUGAAGAUAAGAACGGCGAAGUACAAAAUUUAGCAGUGAAAUGCCUUGGACCCCUUGUAAAUAAAGUGAAAGAGUUUCAAGUAGAGAGCAUUGUAGAAACUCUUUGUGCCAACAUGCUCUCAGAUACUGAACAGUUGCGAGACAUCAGUAGCAUUGGUUUGAAGACUGUCAUUUCUGAACUUCCCUUAGGUUCAAGCACCCUUGCAGCUAAUGUAUGUAAAAAAAUUACUGGAAGGCUGAGCAGUGCUAUUGAAAAGCAAGAAGAUGUUUCUGUUCAACUUGAGGCUUUGGAUAUUUUAGCAGACUUGUUAAGUAGAUUUGGUGGUCUUCUGAUAUCCUUCCAUACAAUGUUAUUAAAUUCUUUGCUCCCUCAGCUUGCUUCUCCGCGCCAGGCAGUCCGCAAACGCACCAUAGUUGCAUUAUCACACUUGGUUAUGUCCUGUAAUGCAUCUCUAUACAACAAACUCAUUGAUCAUCUAUUGGAAGGAUUGGGUUCAUCAACAUCAUCUAGUGUCAGCCGUACACACAUUCAGUGCAUUGCUUCUGUAUGCCGUCAAGCUGGUCAUAGAUUUGGUGAGCAGUUAUGGCGUGUUGCACCUCAGGUUCUAGAACAUUCUACAGAUGCUGAUGAGGAAUUACGUGAACAUUGCUUGCAAGCACUGGAAGCAUUUGUCCUCAAGUGUCCUAAAGAAGUGCAACCACAUAUUCCAACGAUUAUAGACCUUUGCUUAAAAAUGAUAACUUAUGACCCUAACUAUAACUACGAAGACGAAGAGGAGGAUGGAGGCGGAGAGGACGAGGAAAUGGAGGAUGAAUCAUUUGCUCCUGAUGCUGAUCCAGAUUCUGACUCGGAAGAAUAUUCUGAUGAUGAUGAUAUGUCCUGGAAGGUGAGGCGUGCAGCAGCUAAAUGUUUAGAGUCUGUUAUUGCCACGCGUCAUGAACUGUUAGCCGAAAUGUAUGUGACAGUUUCACCUGCUUUGAUUGCCCGAUUUAAAGAACGAGAAGAAAAUGUCAAGUGUGAUAUUCUAAGUGCAUAUACGGCUUUGUUAAGAGCUACACGUCCGCCACCCGCUCUUCAAAUACCAAUUGCUCCAACAGAUAACUCUCCACAAGCUUUGCUUCUACAAAGGGUGGCGGGCGUGGUGCGCGGUGCACUGCGCGUGAUCCGCGGGCGCAGCGUGCGCGCGCGCGGCUGCGCGCUGGCACUGCUGCGCGAGUUGCUGGCCGCCGCGCCCGGCUGCCUCGUCGACCACGCCGCCAGGGUCAUACGCGCGCUUACACCCGCGCUCACUGACAAGAGCACGGCGUCAUCGAUGAAGAUCGAGACGCUGGUGUUCGUGGUGUGUCUGGUGCGCGGUCACGGCGCGGGCGCGAUGCGCGGCCACGUGGCGGCGUUGCUGCCCGCCGUGCUGGCGUGCGUGCACGACCCCUUCUACAAGGUCACCGCGGAGGCGUUGCGCGUGCUGCAGACACUCGUCAAGGUCAUGCGUCCGCUCGAGAAUGUAGAGAACAUAGAGGGUAAAGAAGAGGUGUUCGUGGAGCCGCCACCAGAGGAGUUGCAGCCGUUUAUUCCCGCGAUGUACGAGUGCACGCUUGUACGCUUGCGUGCCACCGACAUGGACCAAGAAGUGAAAGAGCGCGCCAUAGCCGCUUGCGGACAACUCAUAUGCCACUUUGGAGAUUAUCUGCAGAAUGAGCUUCCCGUGUGUCUACCUAUAUUUUUAGAACGGUUACGUAACGAAAUAACGCGUCUGACAACUGUUAAAGCGUUAACUAAAAUAGCCUCUUCGCCUCUACGAAUUGAUUUAAGACCUAUUUUGCCCGAUGCUGUUCCUAUCUUGGGAUCAUUUUUGAGAAAGAACCAAAGGGCUUUGAAGCUGUCUACAUUAGUAUUGCUGGACACUCUGGUACAAAACUACAGCAAUGCAAUUAGUAUUGAAUUAUUGAGCAAGGUGCUGACGGAGGUGCCGGCGCUGGUGAGCGAGGCGGACCUGCACUGCGCGCAGACGGCGCUGACGCUGGUGCGCGGCGCGUGCCUGCGCUGCCCGCACGCGCUCACGCCCGACGCGCGCCACGCGCUCACGCCCAACAUCCUCGCGCUCGCCAAGUCGCCGCUGCUGCAGGGGGGCGCGCUGGCAGCGAUGCUGGGCGUGCUGAGCGCGUUGGUGGCGGCGGAUGUGGCGGGCUGCUCGCGGCGCGAGCUGCUGGCGCUGCUGGUGGCGCCCGUGCACCGCGCGCACGACCACGCCGCGCACGCCACCGCGCACUACACCAAGCAGGCGUUCCACUCGCUGGCGAAGUGCGUGGCCGCUGUGGUAGUUGAGGGCGGUGCGGAUGCUCUGGACGUAGUGCGCGAGUUCCUACGUGACGCGGCGCGACCACCGUCCGAUCCACACCAUAUGUUCGCGCUGCUCGCGCUCGCCGAGAUCGGCAGGCACUUGGAUUUGAGCUCCAUCCCGAAUCUGAAGGAAGUUCUGUUGGAGUCGUUCACACCGUCUUCCGAGGAAGUGAAGUCUGCGGCGAGCUACGCCCUUGGCUCGGUGGCGGUCGGCAACCUUCCGGAGUUCCUGCCUUUCAUAUUAGGCGAGAUCGAAGCGCAACCCAAACGACAGUAUUUAUUAUUGCACUCCUUACGAGAGAUUAUUACCUCAGAGUCAUGCACGCCAGAGGGUGUAGAAGCUUUGAGGCCUUUUAUACGAGAGAUAUGGGUGCAACUGUCCAAACAUUGUCAAUGUGCAGAGGAAGGGUCUCGCAAUGUAGUAGCAGAAUGUUUAGGAAAAUUAUGUUUGUUAGAACCACAAGAACUAUUGCCUCAACUGAAGGAGUUUUUGAAAUCACCGGAACCUCUCACUAGAACAACUGCAGUUACAGCUGUAAAAUUCACCAUUUCUGAUCAGCCGCAAGCAAUAGAUCCGUUGCUGCGCGCGUGCAUGCCGGAGCUGUUGGUGCCGCUGCGGGACAGCGAGCUGGGCGUGCGGCGCGUGGCGCUGGUCGCCUUCAACUCGGCCGCCCACAACAAGCCCUCUCUCGUGCGCGACCUGCUGCCGCACGUGCUGCCUACCAUCUACCAGGAGACCAAAGUCAAGAAAGAACUGAUCCGCGAAGUGGAGAUGGGUCCGUUCAAGCAUUCUGUCGACGACGGGUUGGACUUGCGCAAAGCGGCGUUCGAGUGCAUGUACACACUCCUGGGCACAUGCCUGGACAGGCUUGACGUGUUCGAGUUCCUGCGGCACGUGGAGGACGGCCUGCGUGACCAUUACGACAUCAAGAUGCUCACCUACCUCAUGUGCGCCAGGCUCGCGCAACUCUGUCCUGCUGUCGUGCUACAAAGGCUAGAGAGCUUAGUGGAGCCUUUAAGAGUGACAUGUACUAUGAAAGUGAAGGCCAACUCUGUGAAGCAAGAAUAUGAGAAACAGGAUGAAUUGAAGCGCUCUGCUCUGCGGGCAGCUGCUGCUCUACUUCAAAUACCCGAGGCUGAGAAAAACCCCCAUCUAAUGGAGUUCGUGACGCAAAUCAAGACGCUCCCAGACCUACAGCCAAUCUUCGAGUCGAUCCUGAAAGACUCGACCGGCGGUGGUGUGGACUCGAACCUGAUGGAUCAGAGCUAGCCGCGCCCCGCCGCCUCGCCUUCGCCGCCAUUGCUGCAUACACUUCGCAUUUAAUGUCUGUCUCGCUCGCUCAUACACGCAAGUCCAUUCGUUUUUUGUUUCCCUUUGUUUUUUAUUUUUUUGAGAACCCUGUUCUUCCCUGUUUAUUAUUGUAUAAAAGUUUGAAAGUUGA